GUACUGAAUCUCCAGCCUCUCACGUGAAUCCCGGGGCUACGUUUACGUACGAGUGGGAUGUGCCAGAAGAUGUGGGUCCAACAGAGCAAGACCCAGACUGUUUAACCUGGCUUUAUUACUCAGCUGUGGAUGCAGUCAGAGACACCAGCUCUGGCCUUGUGGGUCCUCUCCUGGUGUGCAGAAAAGGAGCUCUGCUUCCUUCUGGGAAACAGAAAAAUGUGAAUGUGGAGUUUUUUCUACUAGCCACAGUAUUUGAUGAGAAUCUGAGCUGGUACUUGGAUGACAAUAUUUUGAUGUUUACACUAAAUCCAGAUAAAAUUGACAAGGAUGAUGAAGCCUUUCAAGAGUCUAACAAAAUGCACUCCAUUAAUGGUUAUAUGUAUGGAAAUCAGCCUGGUCUGGAGAUGUGCAAAGGAAGUGUGGUUUCCUGGCAUUUGAUGGGCUUGGGUUCAGAAGUCGAUGUCCAUGGGAUAUACUUCUCAGAAAACACAUUUGUAACUAAAGGAACAAGGAGGGAUACAGCAAAUCUCUUUCCACAUACCUUUCUUACAGCUGUUAUGAAGCCUGAUUCUGAAGGAGUUUUUGAAGUGUCUUGCCUGACAACAGACCACUACACCGGGGGCAUGAAACAGAACUACAGAGUGAAGCAAUGCCACUGGUGGAAUAUAGAUCCAUCUAUAUACUUGCAUGAAAAGACUUACUACAUUGCUGCAGUGGAAAUUGAAUGGGACUAUUCUCCUAACAGGACAUGGGAAUUUGAGCGGCAUCAAUACCAUGAGGAAAGCCCUGGCAAUCCAUUUUUAAGUAAAAAUGGCAAGUUCAUUGGCUCCAAGUACAAAAAGGUAGUGUAUCGUGAGUAUACCGAUCAGACAUUCAGUGUUCCCAGAAACAGAGCAGAGGAGCAGCAGCACCUGGAAAUUCAAGGGCCACUGCUUAUGGCCAACAUUGGAGAUAAAGUGAGAAUAGUUUUUAAGAAUUUAGCAUCAAGACCUUAUUCUAUCCAUGCCCAUGGAGUGAAAACAGACAGUUCUGUUGUUGCUGCAACAAACCCAGGUGAGACAAAAACAUAUGUCUGGAAAAUCCCACUGAGAUCUAGUCCUGAGAAGGGAGAUGCACCCUGCAUUGCAUGGGCAUACCAUUCAACGGUGGACAUGGUUAAGGACACUUUCAGCGGAUUGAUAGGCACACUUGUUGUGUGUCACAGACAUUAUCUGCCAUCAUUUCAUAUUAAGAAGAAAGUUCAAUUUGCUCUUCUUUUUAUGGUUUUUGAUGAAAAUGAGUCGUGGUACUUGGAUGAAAAUAUUAAAACCUAUUCUGCCAACCCACAUCUUGUUGACAAAGAGGAUGAGGAGUUCCUUGAAAGUAAUAAAAUGCAUGCCAUUAAUGGAAAGGUGUUUGGCAAUUUGCAUGGCCUGACUAUGCAUGUUGGAGAUAAAGUCAGCUGGUAUCUGGUGGGAAUGGGCAAUGAGAUAGACAUUCACACAGCACACUUUCAUGGCCACAGCUUUGACUAUAAGCAAACAGGGGUUUACCGGGCAGAUGUCUUUGAUCUGUUCCCUGGGACAUUUCAAGUUGUGGAAAUGACCCCGCAGAGCCCUGGGACGUGGCUGCUACACUGCCACGUUACCGACCACAUCCACGCGGGCAUGGAAACCACCUACACCGUGCUCCCAAGGGAAGAUAAUCGGUCUUUGUUCCCAAGAUUACUCAAUCAGUUCAAGGGUAAAGGCAUGGCAGGCACACGAGAAUGA